AUAUUACCCUCUCACACAUACUAACACCACCUGUCAGGAGACUCAGCCCACACAACCACGCUAAACACUCAGCUGGUAGUUGGAACACACAAUAUUGUCUACGGACGGUUUCCUGCAACCCAAGAAUCCGAGGAUCCAGUCUACUCGCGCACAGAGACCAGCUGCAAGUUAAACAACACUUGCGACCAACAUUCUGAACAUUGUGAGUCCUCAGCGUUUGCAUGUGUGAAAGAGAAAAACUGAGAAGGAAAAUCAUAGAUAAAGACAGGCACAAAAAGGUGCAUCCUUCAGAUCAAAACGGCCAUGGUUUUGAAGAAACUUCUGAGUUUUGGGAAGCAGUUGCUGAGGGUGAAGGUCGUAGACUGCAACUCUGAUGAAUCGCGACUCUCCCGAUGCUUGAACACCUUUGACCUGGUGGCUCUUGGGGUGGGCAGCACCCUCGGAGCAGGAGUGUAUGUCCUCGCAGGAGCAGUGGCCCGGGAAAAUGCUGGACCGGCCAUCGUACUCUCAUUCCUCAUUGCAGCCCUGGCUUCAGUGCUUGCGGGCCUCUGUUAUGCAGAGUUCGGUGCAAGAGUACCCAAAACAGGUUCAGCAUACCUAUACAGCUACGUGACUGUAGGGGAACUAUGGGCCUUUAUAACUGGCUGGAAUCUUAUACUUUCAUAUGUUAUAGGUACCUCAAGUGUUGCCCGAGCUUGGAGUGCCACAUUUGACGAACUGAGCGGAAAACAUAUUGAGCAUUUCUGUCGUCAGUACAUGACCAUGAAUGCUCCGGGCCUUCUGGCGGAGUACCCAGAUAUGUUUGCCGUAGUUAUCAUCCUUACUCUCACAGGCCUGCUGACCUUUGGGGUAAAGGAGUCAGCUGUGGUCAACAAAGUAUUCACCUGCAUUAAUGUCCUGGUGUUGCUGUUUAUGGUCGUAUCUGGGCUGGUUAAAGGUACGCUCAAGAACUGGCAACUGGACCCUGUUGAGAUUCUGAAUGGAACCAAUUCCACUCUUAAUGUCACAGGGCCCCUGCCAUCUGAAAAGAGUCUGGGUGUGGGUGGAUUCAUGCCCUUUGGCUUCACGGGAGUCUUGUCAGGGGCGGCUACCUGCUUUUACGCCUUUGUGGGGUUCGACUGCAUCGCCACCACUGGUGAGGAAGUGAAGAACCCACAGAGGGCCAUACCCAUAGGAAUCGUUUCAUCGCUUCUUAUUUGCUUUGUGGCGUACUUUGGCGUGUCUGCUGCCCUCACCAUGAUGAUGCCAUAUUACAUGCUGGAUAAGAACAGUCCUCUGCCAGCCGCCUUUACGUACGUCGGCUGGGAGGGGGCCACUUAUGCCGUGGCGGUGGGAUCGCUCUGCGCCCUCUCCACCAGCCUGCUUGGUGCCAUGUUCCCCAUGCCCCGUCUCCUCUGGGCCAUGGCUACCGAUGGCCUGCUCUUCAAAUACAUGGCUAGAAUCAACGAGAGAAGAAAAACACCAAUACAAGCCACUAUAACAUCAGGCUUUGUCGCAGCCAUCAUGGCUUUCCUGUUUGAUCUAAAGGACCUGGUUGAUCUGAUGUCUAUAGGAACACUGCUGGCCUACACACUGGUCGCUGCCUGUGUUCUAGUACUCAGGUACCAGCCCGAGCAUUUCUCUCAGCCAUAUGAUAUAGCGAACACAAAUGAAGAGCUGGAGAUGAGUGAAUCCAUAAGCACACCCAGCUUGGGGAUUCUUCCAGGUAUAGAAGAGCGUUUCAGCUUCAGAACGCUGCUCUUCCCUGACAUCACAGAACCCUCCAUCCUGUCUGGCUUUGCCGUUAACGUCUGCACAAGUCUGCUUGGGCUGCUGAUUCUAGCCUUCAGCCUGUUUGCUGUGCAGGGUGGAACUGCGGUGUGGAAUAUCAUCAUGCUCUGCGUCCUGUUCGUUGUGUGUCUCGUACUCACAUUUAUCAUCUGGAGGCAACCAGAGAGUAAAACCAAACUCUCUUUUAAGGUCCCUUGCCUUCCAUUCAUUCCAGUGGUAAGCAUGUUUGUAAACGUGUACCUGAUGAUGCAAUUGGACAGGGGUACCUGGAUACGAUUUGCCAUCUGGAUGUCUAUAGGACUCAUUAUCUAUUUUGGCUAUGGAAUAUGGCACAGUCAUGAAGCUGCUAUGGUCCAUUCCAGUAUGGACGAGGAACUCAAUGUGUUCAAACCAACCUGCGCCAUAAACAGGGACUCUAUAUCGCCAGAGAAGGAGGCCUUCCUUAGUAAUGGGCAUGGGUCGAGGGUUGACGAGGACGGAGAUCUCUAAGCGCGUAGAACAGUUUUAUGAUAUUUACUUGAACUUUACAUUAAAGCACAAUACCGGAAGGUUCUGAGGAGCACAGACCAUUGGAAUCUAAUCAGAUAGAGCUCUAUGUCUGAUUUAACUCUUCCUUUUUUCACUUCCUUGUUAGGGAGUAUAAGGGGCUCUGAAAAUUUUCAGUAUUCUCACAAUUAGCGUCUUGUAGAAACCAAAGCAGGCACAUCUUUAAUUGGAUGAUUUAGAAGAAACAACAACAACAACAACAACGAAAAACAGAUAAUGAGCUCAAACAAUCAUAAUGUGAGCUGCAGUAUUUUAAGUUGAUGGCUGCUUUUGUUAUCUAACAGAACUUGUGCUUUUGUCUUAAAAUGUUAUAUUAAGCAAAAUCAGAGUUCCUAUGUGACUGUUGGAUGUCAGUGUUUAAAGUUUUAUGUAUAUGGACAAACCUUCACAACUAAGGAAGAGAGAAAAAGAGUUUUCGAAACAUGCUUGGCUUUUCCACUUCAUUUAUAGUGGUGUGUUGUGUGUGAGGUCCCAUUUACUGUAAAUCAGGAACCCUCUCCCACUGGUUUGAACUGCCCUGAUCCAGAAUUUGUAUGUUUUAUAUCGGUUAACCUUGACUUGAUCUUUGAUUGGUACUGCCAUCUGGUGGUGUGGUGGAAAAAUUGUGUUACUGAAGUUUCAAGCAUAUCUCUCAUAGUACUGGUUACUGUGUCUUCUAAUCUAUGCAGAUUCAUUUUGCCUCUUUGUUUGCCAUAUGCAGCAUAAGAAGGCUUUGUUUUUUGUUUUUGUUUUUUCUUUUCUUUUUUUAAUAUUUGCAGAGAAAACUGGUAUGUUGGGCUAUGUUUUUGGUCAUUUAAGGUGUCUGGACAGAUAUCACAUUGUGACAAAGGGUUUUUCUGCAUGAAUGUUUUACAAAUUAGCGAUGCUUAAAAAUGAUCUGAAUUUAAACAUUUUUAUUCUGAGGUAAACUUAUGUUCACAAUCACUACAUCAGUGCCACAUUGGGUCUCAAAUUGAAGAAAUUAUAAAGGUAUACAGGUUUUAUCUUAUUUUUAAAAAUGGCGAGUUUUAUUCUUCUGCCAAAGGCCUUCCAGUGGUUAUAUAGGGCGAAUUCAGACACAUUUUUUGAUAUUUACAUGUCUCUCAUCAUUCAUUUAUACCUGGAUUUAUUGCUACUUUUAAAAAAGUUACAAAUAAUUUUAAAUAUUGUAUUGACAGAAUUCAACAUCUCCGUAUAACUUUUGAGUAGAAAUAACCAUAAUUACGGCAAAUAGUUGUUCAAAAUAAUGAAUUGCCUACAAAACAGAGGUGUUGCCAAAAAGACGUGACAUAUUAAGUUUGAUGUCCAAUCGAUUUUCUAAGGAGCAUAAUGACCAAUCAGGUAUACAUUUUUGUGCCUACAUGCUGCUGUUGCAAGAUAAUCACGAAAACCUGCCAUCAACUAAUCUGUACUGAGUUAGGAGUAUUUAGAAAAGAACUUGUUCGUUUUACAGGUAUUCAAAUGUUGACGUUAAAAAAGUUCCCAAACGUAUGCUGAGAAUCAUAAAGAUUUGUAAAAGAAGAUCCUUCACAAUUCUGUGCAUCAUAUCUUUUGUAUUCCCUACAGUAAAUGAUCUGUAAAUAACAAAUGUUACUCUUGACAGUGCUGAAAGUAAUGUGUGUGCAGAGGCAUGGCUCAUGUUUUAAUUACAUAGAGAUUAAAGAGAUUAAAAAGUUUUCUUAUAUGUGUAUUAACACAUUUUAUAUGGUUAUUUUAAAGUCUUGAAACUUUGCAAUUUCAAUUUAGAAUAAAGUGACAUAAAGCAGCUACAUCUAUAUAGGAUGUGAUGCACUGCAGCUUUAAUGGGAUUACAUAAAAAGGAUCUAAAUAAGUAUUAAUAAAUGCUUAUAUUUAAGACAAGUAAUAAAAGUAAAAAGCAAUAAAAUCAAGAUCCUAUCUGAGAUUAUUUUACCCAACAUUGCUUAGUUUAUUGUUACAAGUAAACACACAUAAUAAUAAUAUAUUAUGAUAAAACUGCAAAGCUAUCAUAAUAUAUGAGGAGAUCCAAUGGAGAUCAGUUGGCCAAGACUGUUCAUAUUAUGUGAAACUAUAUCUGCAAACCUGUUAAAGGAAUAUUCUGGGUUCAGUAUGAGUUAAACUCAGUUGACAGCAUUUGUUGCAUAAUAUUUACUUGUCCCUCCGAAAAAGAAAAAUUCUGGGUUGAAGCAAUUAAAAUGGCAAUUCCAUAAAAGUUUAAAUACUCGCUGUGCCAAAAGUAUAGCCAAAAGACAUAAAACGGCAAUUUAAAAAACUUUAAAUUUUAACAGAAGAAAUGUGCUUUUAUAAAAUUAUAAGCUUUUCAUUUCUGCCUUUAACCCCCCCAAAAAUUGGCCCUAUUCACUUCCAUUAUAAGUGCCUCACUGUAACCCAGAUUUUUUCUUUUUUAAAAGACGAAGAGGGACGAGUCAAAAUACAUUUUUGUGGUAAUCAUCAUUACACAACAAAUGCUGUCAAUUGAGCUAAUUUAGUUUUGAACCUGGAAUAAUCCUUUGAGUUGGUUCACUCUAAAGGUCUUUUUGUAAUUUUGUCUGUCUAUUUUUGGACCAUUUCUAAUGUGGUGCAUUUGGUGUACAUAACAUUUCCCCUCUGGACUGGUUUAUUUUUGUCUGCACUGUAAAUGACCAUCUACCCACUGUUUCAACUUGAUGCUGUAAAUAAAACGCAUUUUGA